AUGGCGUGCCAAGCAGCCGGCGAGGAGCUGCGGCGCCCCUAUUGCAAUGGCUACAGCGAGCUGGCGCCGGCCGACAUGCGCCGGGCCCUGGUGCAGGAUCGCCCGGAGAAGCACAGCCGCGAGGAGGCGGCCGGGGGCGGCGCGCUGCCUGCCUUGGAGGACGCCUACCUGAGCAUCCUGCAGGGGCUGGGGGAGAACCCUGCCAGGCAGGGGCUGCUCCAGACGCCCAGAAGGGCUGCCAAAGCCAUGCAGUUUCUCACGAAAGGCUACCAAGAAACCAUCGAGGAUAUACUCAAUGAUGCAAUCUUUGAUGAAGACCAUAAUGAAAUGGUGAUCGUUAAGGAUAUUGAUAUGUUUUCCCUUUGUGAACACCACUUGGUACCCUUCUUUGGCAAGGUACAUAUUGGAUACUUACCUAUAAAGAAAGUGGUUGGACUAAGCAAGCUUGCAAGAAUUGUUGAAAUCUUUAGUCGAAGACUGCAAGUUCAAGAGAGGCUUACCAGACAGAUUGCUCUGGCAAUUACUGAGGCUCUGAAACCUGCCGGAGUGGCUGUGAUUGUAGAAGCAUCGUAA